UCUGGCUCUGUCCUGUAGUUUCUACCACAGCUGUGCGUCCCAGACGGAGUAAAAAAGGACGUUGUCUCGUAAAGAAAACGUAGAAAACUUUUCAAGCACAACUAUUUAUGAGGAUUACUAUUUUUUUUUUAUCCACUCCAUCCUCUGCAUUGAGAGGAAAUAACUUUACCGGACAACAAGUGAUGUAAUGGUUUGCUUUUUACCAAGCGUGUGCGCACACGGUCAGCAGAGCUCGGUGCGCACUGAGGCUCAGAGCAAAGUGGACCACCACAGCCCGCGACUUCUGUAAAAAUGAAGCUCAACUUUUCCCUGCGUUCACUGUUUGCAGUUGUGGUUGUGGCAGUUCUAACAGCUAUCAAAGCUGCUGAGACUCAGAAACUUUCUGAAGAUACUGGCAUAUUCUCCAGCCCGCUGCCUGUGUAUCCCACCAUCAGCUUCCAGAUCCUCAACGCAGACCAUGUGUUUUUGAAACAGGACAGCCAAGAGCCCGCAGGGAACUCAAGCCUUAAAGCUCAGGCUCAGACCUUCCUCAUCGCUACCCCAGGUGCUGGCGUUCUCCAGCCAGUCAUCAAGGCUUCAUACGGCCCCCUUAGUGUGGAUGCUGUGAUUCCCCCAGAUUUGCUUCUCAGUGGCCGUCGAAUUCUACCCGUAAUUCUGAGCCGUCAGGUUCGCUCUUCAUCCCCCGUCGUUAAGAUUCUCUUCCAUAUGCCCACAGAAAGCAAUAUCACUGUUUGGCAAGAGGCAAUGGACUUAAGAAGAAGUGACGAAAGAAAAAAUAGCGGGGGCAAGGCCAAGGAUGGAGCUCACUGUGUGACGGCUUACGCCUUCUGGGAGACGAGGGAGGUCCGCGGGGCUUGCCUGGUGUCUCCAGGUGGAUUCUGUGUGGCGCAGUUGAAGCCAGAACCUUCCUGGUUCAGUUCAGCCAGCAGGUCUGGGAGCGCCAGCCGAGAAGCCGAAAGAACUGAAGGAGUCAGGGGUGUUCAGGGAACGCUUGUGGAAGUCUACUUCCAGAGCAGAAGGGACCAGACCGGACAAUGCACUCCCCAGGAUAGCCUGCAGCGAGUGGGAGUGGGACGAGAGCGAGACUCCAGGGGAUCAGGGACACCUAUGAGGCGGAUCGGAAGUGUCACUCUGCUCAAAGCUCCACAGGGAAACCCCACUUUUCUUCGGCUGAGGCUAGGUGGGGCUGUGGUGAUCCAAACUUCUUCCACACCCCUGAAGACCUCAGACGUGGCAACUUUUUACAUAUUUCUGGCCAGCACGUCUACCUUGGAAAACUUCACUCUUCGGGCGGCUGUUAAAACAGGGCUGUCCUUCAGCGCCGCUCGGCCCAGUGACUCGGCUCUGUGGGACAUCUUGGUGGAGCCUGGCAGAGGAGCAACUCCCAACACUGUCUCUGUAGUUUGCCACAGGAAGGUGUCUAUCACUGCUAAAAGAGGUCUUCUGGAGGUUUUACAGUUGGACUUUGUACCAAAAGAUGUUCCGGAGCAGAUUGAAAGUCAAACCAUCUCGUGGCGUGUGGAACUGCCAGGGAAUGUUAAGGACGUUGGAUAUAUGCGGCUCUUCACCACACAGAAAGACUUUGUGGGCCUGGCACCUUUGGUGAUGACCACUGAUAUCUUGAAUACUGCGGUGCUGACGGGUAAAAAGGUUUCAGUUCCCGUGAAAACUCUGGCUGUUGAGGACGACGGCUCACUCACUGACGUAACCAACUACACCAGUUGUCGCUCUACAGAUGAGGAUGUCGUCAAGGUGUCAGAGCGCUGUAAUUAUGUUUAUGUAAAUGGAAAGGAGACAAAUGGGAAAAACAGAGUGAUGCUCAACUUUACUUAUGGUUUCCUGAGUGCGCAACUUGAGAUGAGUGUUUGGAUGCCCCGAGUACCCCUGGUCAUCGAUGUGGCUGACCCAGAGCUAAGCCAGAUCAAAGGAUGGAGGGUCCCUGUCACUACUGGAAACAGAAAGUCUACGUGGGACAGCGAGGAAGAAGAGGAGAUGAGGAAGGGCAGGGGCUGCAUGCUGCAGUACCAGCACUCCACACUGAGAGUGCUCACGCCUUUUGUGGCCAAGGUGGACAAUGAAUUCCUUCCCGAACCACUUACAGGCGGAUCGUCCGUUGAGUUCUUCCUGGGCUCUGACUGGCAGGUGGAUGUGACCAAUCUUGUGCGCUAUUCUCUAAAAGUAGCAGAUCCUGAUAUAGCCAGAGUGCUGGAUGGAAUUGUACUACAAGGACGAGCGGUGGGCACCACCACUGUGCAGGUGUUGUCUCCUGUGACAUCAUCGGUGCUUGCUGAGAGGAGCAUCAGGGUUCAGGAUGACAAAGUGAGUGUGACAGAACUGGGGGUGCACAUGGUUUCUGGCCUGUCUCUGUCCCUUCAACUCAGUCCAGGGAGCAACAGGGCUGUCGUUGCCACAGCAACCACACGGGAGGUGAUCACACAGCUCAAACAGGAAGCAGUCGUCAGUUGCUGGGUUCAGUUCAGUGACGGGGCUGUCACUCCACUCGGGCUGUUUGACCGCAGUAUCUACUCCCUCACCGUCUCCACCCCAGAUGAGAGGGUUGCCACAGUUCGCCGCACACCACAGUCCACAUUUGUAGUUGCGCAGGGUGAAGGUGAAGCCCGGGGGAAGUUGGUGAGGGUUGAACUGAGGAUCUGUGAGGAGUGCCAGAAGUCCAAGAGGAAAAGCAAGUUGGCCGUGGGCGCAGGGAUUCUCAAAACCAAAUUCCAGAGUAGCAGAGUUACUGAUAGAAGCAGAAAUGUGGAUGGAACAGAAGUGGUGGAUGCCUUUAAAACAACAGAGUCAUCACAGAGUGCUUUCACAGUCUUGGAUAAAAAAAUGCCCAGAAGCACAGGUCCCAAUCAGAAGUCCGUUGAGGCAGAGGCAACAACUUCUACAGUUUCUCCUAAUGGACAUGUGCAGCCUAGUUUUGUAAAUAUCGGAACAACCAAAGCAAUAAGAGGGACCACCUUUGGUGUCAUUAGCAUGGCAAACCCUACAGCUAUGAUCAAACCAGGCUUAAACACACAACUGAGCACAACAAUGAGUAUCACCAUUGAGGGAGAUGGGCGUAAGAAAAGUUAUGGAAACAUACAAGAUAAUUCAAAUUUGCUUCCUAAUAACGACAUUCCCAAGAAGGCGUCUCCUAAAUCUAAAACACCCAAAGUAAUUGAAAGUGACCUCAUUAGGACAUUCAAGGCCAUGACAGACCUGGAAAUUGGCAUGUAUUCCUUGGUCGGGGUUUCCUGUAUAGCGCUCUUGGCCUUUUUGAUCAACUGUGCUUCAUAUAAUCUCUGUUUUCGGAAUCAUAAGACGCCUGUGCAGAAGGGCUCACAACCCAGUGCAAACGCAAAGGAUCACAAGCACGACUGGGUGUGGCUGGGGAGUGGUAAUCGCAGCUCUCCUGGACCAAGUGCCGCCGGAGCCCCAGCUCCAGCCUCAACUCUAAAGCGCGAGCCUCAUCGCCCUCUGGAAUCCCAUCAUUCCAUAGAUUCCAUGGGCAACUGCAGCCUGGACAGCACUCUGCCCACGGUGAGCGGCCCCGCGGUCCCAGAACGGACUGCCACCCUCGGCCGCAGCCGAACCAGCUCCCAGCAGCACCAGUUUCAAGCAAAGGCAAUCAACCCCAUGGCCAACCGUUCGGCCACCUUGCUGGCAAGACCACAGCGCAACGAGCCGCUCCAUUCCCCCACCAGUAAGAGAAAUCAGGUCCAGUUCACCACCUUUACCACACUGGACAUCAAGCACUUGAACGCGCUGAAGAAGAACGGCGUGGACUUAAAUUGGGCCAACCAGCAAAAGCAGCAGCCACAGGCCCCCGCGGAACCGAAGACACCGUUACCUGACAUGCCAUGGCCCGUAGUGACACCGUUAGGAGAGCCCCACUGACUUUUUGGUGCCGGGCACAGGUGUUCGUGUUAGGGAUUUAAGCAGAGAAAUGUGUGCAGCAUGCAAACUCUGCUAAUGUCAAAUGGAGGAAAAAUAUAUCUUAGUAAAAGAAAAUUCACAGCUGAGGAUGUAUUUAUUGAGAUAACGUAAAACACAUUUUGUAUGAAAACGUGUGUGCUCAUUGCAAGUUUUUAAGUACAGUUUGUAAUUGUGUACCCACAAUAACCGCUCUAAAACAACCGACAUAAAGUGAUACUGUGCUCAUGUUUUACAGUUAAAAGCUACUUUUGAUCCUUUCAUGCUGAGUUCUUGUAUUUGUAAAUUGAUUACAGAUCUACUAAACUUUUCCUGUAAAUAGACAUAUAUUUAUACUGUUACAUGUAUUUAUACAUUUUUAACAAAAUGAUUUGAAUCUCCUUUUUGUACAACCCUGUAGCAAUGACUCCUCUAUCGUUAAUCGUUAUGAUAGAUGCAGAAUGGGAAAGAUUUAUUGUAGGUAAUUCUCUUCCAGUCCAGCUUUUAUUUGACCUGCUACAUAGGAAUGAGAAUAUGCAACACUCUUCAAGCUGUUUUGACCAAUCUGUUGUCACAGUCAUCACCAAACACCCAGCUUCACAUGCAAAACACGCUAUGCAAAUCUAGUCUUUGGAUUCUGAGUCUGACAUUGUUUCGUAAGGUUACCUUGGGCUUUGUACUUGCUCUGGGGGCCUGCUUGUACAUCUUGUUAAAGUCUGAUUUUACUCUCUUGAUAUGGUGCAAUACAUAUUUAACAGUGAGAUUUUUUAUGUAUGAAUGAAACAUUAUGAUGCCUUCUCUAAGUAACAUUGUACAUUCCUAUUUUAAUACCUGAUGUGAUUUCCUUUUCC